AGAGCAGCAACGCAGCCAGGUUUUCCGACAGUCAAUGGCUUGUUUGCCAGGCAGGGGAGUGCCAGCGUCCACCCUCGCCGCGCCAUGCCCGAUACGCCGCUUAGAGCUACUACUGUUCGCAUCCGUUCCACAUGGCUUAUUCGGGCACGGAAGGAGACGGAUGCUUACCGCUGAGCCGACAACGUUAUUGCACCGUGCCGCCGGUGCCCGCAAACGUUUCGAGCCAGCCAUCCCGCUGCCUCUGCCGAAUACGCGCCGACGAGUCGAACGCACCCCGCAUGUCUCCGCGCCUCUACGCAGCAGCUCAGCGUCGACUACGUCACUGGGACGAUCAUCCACGCGCUGAGCGCUACUCUUUUGCUGCCAAGAAGACCCACAUACACAUCAGCCCUGGCGCUGCUCAUGGAGAACCUGCUGCUGUGGUUUAUUCUGCUAAUCGUCAUAGCCGCGUGCGGCAUAUUUGGCCUCUGGUUGCUAUGCAACGUGCGCUCCUACCUCGGCAACAACGGAAGCAGCAGCAGCAACCAGAUGACGCAUCCACUGUUCGCCGACGACCACCAGCAACCGCAGUCGCCGUGCAUGGACCCUCGGCAGCAGCACGACCACCACCAGUGGCGCCCGGAAGAACCGCCACAGCCGUAUCCACAGCCAUUUCCACAGCCGGUGCCGCAGCCACAGCCGAAGCAACAGCCGCAGCCACUACCAUUGCCGCCAUUCCACGAUCCGCAGCAGCAGCAGCAGCGUAACGGAUACCCGUUUCACCCGUACUACAUAGAGCCGCCGAUCGAUUAUACGCCCCCUCCAACGGUGGAGCCUCCGCGGAAGCACACCGUGUACACACAGACGUACCAGACUUACGCCAAGAAGAAGUCCGUAAAGAUUGAAGAACAAAAGAGCUCAAGUUCUCCCUGAGUGUAUUAUUGUGCGAGAGUGGAAGCACCGGCAAAUUGUGAAGCGAUCAAAUGCCGCCUGAAGUUGAAAUCGAAACUAUAUCAAUGCAGCAUUUGCAUUCGAAACACAAUGGAUGUCUUACUGCUGGUGCGUUUUCUCUUAUCAAAAGUACUGAGAUGCUUAAUAUAUACGCCGAGAGUUAACUCCAGUGUUGUUUCCUUCGUGGAGCAGUGACCCACAGGUCUCUUUUACAUAGCCGUCACCAAGACCGCCUCGAGUACGCAAGGACAGGCCGGCCCUUCAGUAGUGUUUCAGCGGUUGCACAGACGACUUCAACACGGUGUUCAGUGUCGCAGAGGCCGUGACCUCGAAGUGAGAGCUCGCCAUUCUGUGCAUUCUACCGUGGAUGCGAACUUGGAAGUUCAUAUGCUGUGACGUCUUUCUUUUCCUUUUACUCACGAAGUAACGCCCGCAUUGUCAAAUAGUUGUACGAAUUUUGAUUUGACAUCAAGUAUUUGUAAUGUGCACUUUAUGAGAGCAAAAAAUUCUGGGACAGGUGAACAUAUGAGGGCGCGGCCCAACUGUCUAGCGCAAUCAAUAAAGCGUUUAG